ACGAUCAGUUCAUGUGUACUAUUCGCGCCGUUCGGCAGCAUGUUUGAAUACCUUAUACCGCUAAUGUGCCAAUAUGUAUUCCUUCGGGAACUGUUUGAAUUAAACUGUGACAUUCAGCAGCUGAAGGCGGUUGAUCCUAACUAUGGCGUUACGUGGAUGUUUAUGCCAGACGAUCAAGGUACACCGAUUAUUGUGGAUCUAACCGAACCGAACGACACCAGCACGGCAACCGGUAGGAAGAAUAAAAUUCACGAAGAUGUUUUGUUCUACUACUACCGGCAGUCCACAAUCAACUCGCCAAGUACGUUUCGCUUCAUCAACGAUCCGGCGACACCGUUGGCGCUGAACAAAUCCUACGACCCAACCCUACCCACCAAGUUCGUUAUACAUGGGUGGAAGAAUUCGAUCACUAGCCCCGUGUCACAAAACAUCAAGAAUAGCUACCUCCGGCGAGAAGAUCUUAAUGUGAUCGUUGUCGACUGGGGACCUCUGGCGCAGGAUACACUAUACUUCCGAGCGGCUUCAUCAACACGGGACGUAGGACGGCACGUCGGAGGAUUGAUCGAUCGCAUGGUAGCGGAGCGUGGCACAAAUCUGAAGGAUGUACACAUAAUCGGUCACAGUCUUGGAGCACACACUUCCGGUUUUACUGGUCAAUCGGUACGUAGUGGAAAGGUGGCCCGUGUUACCGGACUUGAUCCAGCACUGCCCGGAUUUACCGAUCAACAGCCGGACAAAUUGCUUGACCCGAGCGAUGCGCAGUUUGUCGAUGUGAUGCACACGUGUGCCGGGAUGCUGGGACACGAUCGAAAUCUGGGCCACGUUGACUUUUGGCCCAAUGGUGGACGCGUCAAUCAACCGGGGUGUGGUGGGAUCGAUGAUUUCGUUGGUGCUUGCAGUCAUGGACGUUCGUACGAAUAUUAUGCCGAGUCGGUUUCACGUCCGGAGGCGUUUAAAGCAUAUCCGUGUCGCAGUGCGGACGAGUUUCGUGAAGCAAAGUGCCGAACUACCCCAAUCCCGAUGGGUGAUGCAACACCCACCACAGCACGCGGUAACCAUUUUCUCGAAACGAAUGCUAAACCGGAGUAUGGGAAAGGAUUCUAGACGCUGCAUCGCUUUUCAGACCCUACAUGACAUUCCAUUAGAAGCUUAAUCGAAGACUGAACUCCUCUUGUUGUUGUGCCCCUUAGCUUGGUCGGUUGGUUGGUUGGUUUGUGUACUGUUUAUUUGCGCUUUAAAUUAUGUUAUUGUUAAAUACACUUUACUGUUUUCACAACAAUGUUAAGGCAUUCUGAACGUCAUGUUGGCAGUUAGUGGGUAAUUAAAUAAGUUUAUAUAUAG